AUGGUUGCUUCGGUCUCCGGCGCCAGUCGCGCAAUUAUCGCUCUCUGCUCCGUCAUCGCUGCCCACGGCGGCUUUGCCGUUGCUGCUGGUACCCAGGCCGAUGUCGGUUCAUGCUUAAACAAGGCUGGCAUCGAGAACUCGGUCCCCACCACCACCACCUGGACGAUGGAUAUCCAACCGUGGAACUCGCGCGUGAACCCCGUGCCUGCCGCUGUCGCUUUCCCCAAGACGGAGAAGGAGGUGUCUGCUGCCCUAAAGUGUGCCGCUAGUGCUGGUGUCAAGGUGACCACCCUUGGUGGCAACCGCUCGUUCUCGAGCAUGGGUUUCGGACGUAACGAUGGAGCCCUCGUCAUUAACCUGAAGGCUCUGAAGCACCUAAAGUACGACCCGUCUACUAAGUUGCUGUCGUACGGAGGCCCCGUCAUGAUCUCGGAGGCCGCGAACCACAUGUGGAACAAGUACAAGCGCACUCUUCCUCACGGCCGUUGCCCCGAUGUCGGUAUGACCGGUGUGGCCGCUUCGGGAUUCGGUACCCUUUCACGUUCUAGCGGUACCGUGCUGGACAACAUUGAGAGUGUCCGUGUGGCCCUUGCCAACGGCACCAUCGUCGAUGCCGACGCUAAGCGCAACUCGCACGUGUACUGGGGUGUGCGUGGCGCCGCCAGCUCGAUGGGCGUGGUGCUGGACUUCAAGAUCAAGACCCUUGAUCCCCCAUCGGAGCGCGUGACGAACUACACUAUCGCUUUCAACUCGAGCUACAAGCCCACCCAGCAGGACAACGUGGAUGCCCUUAUCGGAACGCAGACGUGGGCUCUGAGCAAGGACAACAACGACCUGGUGUCCAUCCGCUUUAGCCUCAAGACCAAGUCCACGCUGCAGGGUUUCUUCUACGGAGGUGGCGCCAAGGCCAAGGCCGUGUUGGGUUCGCUCAUGAAGAACCUGCCCCCUUCGAUGGUUCUCACCUCCAACGAGAACGACUUCUGGACGUCCGAGGACAUUUCGACCCCUGGCCUCCAGAAGGAGACUCUGACUCCCCGUCGUUACUUCUACAUCGCAUCGGUGACGAUUCCUCGCUCGACUCCUCUUGACAACGCCACGGCCUGGGAGCUCUUCUCCGGUACUGCCUUCGCUCCCAAGCUUCCUGAUGCCUCGGCUUCUGGCUUCGUGGACAUCUGGGGUGGUGCGUACGCCAAGACAGUCAAGGCAGACACGUCUGCCUGGAAGCACGACGACAACCUGCACCUGGUUCGUUGGGACAUGCGUACGGCGUCCUUCGACGUGAAAUUCGCCGACAGCUCGAUUACCACCAUGCGCGAGCACUUCUACAAGUUCGUGGAUGCUUACAAGGCUUCGGGCGGUGUGCCCGGCGGAUUCACGACGUACCGUGACGAGAGAUGGACGGUGCCGGAGAUGGCUGAGUACCUGUACGGCGGCGGCAACUUCGAGAGGCUGCAGAAGAUCAAGACUGAGGUCGACCCGAACGAGAUGUUCAACACGGACCCUCAGGCCAUCCCCGCCCUGACUGCUUAGACGAUCGAAUAGGUCAAGUCGGUGCUUCAGCUGAGAAGAUUUGUCUUACGUAGAACAUCAUGUGAAUGUAGUCACCCCCGGAUCCUUUUGAAGGGCUGCGGGGAUUAAAGAGAAAUGAAAAAACCACUCUGGUGUACUCAGGUGGUG